AUGGCGAAGGACCGCUGGGGCACUGCCCCUAGUGGCGCGCACACAGAACCAUGGUUUUUUGUUGUAGUUUCCGAUUCAGAAACAAAAUCCAAGAUUCGAGUGAUAGUUGAGAACGAGGAACGCGUCAAUUAUGAGAAGAGGAUGGGUCAGCAAUGGCUGGAUGACUUGGCAAAACUGAACACGAAAUGGAGCAAACCAUAUAUUGACGUCGCACCUUACGUCAUCGUCGUUUUUAAGCAGGUGUAUGGCUUGCAAGAAGAUGGUACACGAACCGUUAACUAUUAUCAUGAGAUGAGCUCUGCGAUCUCUGUGGGGCUUCUCCUUGCUGCCUUACAGUAUGCCGGACUUGUGUCCCUAACAUCGACUCCAAUGAAUGCCGGACCAAACCUACGUCAGCUUCUAGGUCGUCCAGUUAACGAGAAAGCGAUCUUAUUACUACCAGUCGGGUUUCCAUCCGCCGACGCCAUCGACUAG